UGACACUCUUUCACGUUUUCUUCGUCGUCGACAUCCGACAGCACGCUGAUCGUCCUGCUUUUGACUGCGCCCACUGUCAUGAGAAGGAUAAGGGGGGAAGGAAGAAAGGAAGGAGCUGCGGGCCCUACCCACCACGCAAAUCCUAGGUCAGAAACAUCGGCCGGUGCCAGAAGCGAGUCUCUCGCCCUCGCGUCGCCGGCCCACCCCCAUCUCCCCUUCGACGGCAUCACACCUCACUGUGAAGCGACAGACCAAAAGCAGCACCUCCGAUGGUCCACACCCAAUAAAGGACCCAUGCGGACCCCACGGAGCCACUCUUUUCCCAACCACACAUGGCUCGUCAUCCCAUCGCCCAUCCACUGUUCGUUCAAAUGCAAAGCCCGCCCCGGCAGUCCGGCCGGCCUCUCUUUCCAUUCAAAUCCCUACCUCACUUCCUUUCCCGACCUACGUGAUCAUAAAAUCUUAGAGCGCACCCUUGUCCGUGCUCUUCUCGCUCUUUCCCUCAUGAAGACCCCUCGCCGCCCUCCUCUCGACUUCAAUUCCGAAGCUGCCGGGUGCCUGUCCGGGGUUAUCCGCCGGUUGCUGUGUGCAAGCCUCCGCCACAGUGUGCAUAGCCAGGGGGUCGCCAUGCAGAAGAAGAAGCCGCCGGCGAGUCCCUGCGUUGUGGCACGACUGAUGGGGCUCGACUCGAUGCCGGUGUUCCCCUACACUCCUCCGGACUCGGUCAAGGGAAGUCGGUCCGCGAACUCCGCCGAGAGCUGGCCGGGGGUCUCGUGCAGUGAGGGGAGCAGUGGGGUGCAAAUUAAGACCUCGUUGUCGUUUCGUGGGGCUCCGACGUACUUGAGGCAGGAGAAUGAGGAGUUCCUGGUUCUAAGCUUCGCUCCUGAGAGUAAAGCAGAGACCACAAUGGCGAAGGGCAGGAAAGACAAGGCAAGUACAGGGGAUUCGAAGGAGAGGGAAGCCAACAGGACUGAGAGGAGAGUGGCAGAAAAGAAGACGAGGAACCAGCAGAAGAAUUCUCACAAGCAGCAGCAGAAUUUGCCCGAGAGAGAGCACAAGAAUGGCAGGGGCUCGGUUGUCCCUUCUCCGAAGGAGAAGCUUCGCAGAGAUUCCUGCACGGUUACAAAGCUCGGCGGCGGCAACGCAAAGGCCGCGGAACAAAAGAAGAUGCAGAAGUUAGCAGCUGCUCAGGCGAAGAACGAAGCAGGUUGCAGCUCACAAGAUUCGAGUCCAGUUUCAGUUCUGGAUUAUGGCUUCAUGGACGGCGAGUACUCCAUCUCCAUCAGCCCUCCUACUUCAGACGACGAGCGACGGCAGCAAAGCCCGAGAAGGAGACUGUCGUCAAAAUUCGAGAAUCUCAACUCGACAUCUCCAUGUUCUCAUACGGAGACGAUCUCAGGCAUCACGAAAUCUAGCAGAGCUGAGCAAGUCGUCAGGCGAGAUUGGAGUCACAUUUGGGAGAAGAUCUGCACGCUCACAGAGGAGGAUCUGAAGAGCACGACAUGGCCGUCGGGAGAUGUUUGGAGGUCGGAAGAGGUCGGCGAGAUUGCUGCAGCAGUAGCACAGGAAAUGCUUGAUGUGGUCAUCAUGGAGACGGCAUCUGAGCUUUCGAGUUAUGCCACAAGAUCGAGACCGUAAAUGGUACCAAGUUUCCUCAGCACGAUGAUCCCGACAAUCUUCAAUGUUCUUGGAGCUCACGCAGUGAUGCAAGCAGCGAAGAGCUACGACAGUUCCACAGUUGCAGAGCAGUACGACAAAGAGACUAUAUUUGUUUUUAUUUUCCGCCAUAUCAAAUCCAUAAUGCUAUCGAGUAUUGAGUUAAGUCUUCGAUCAAAUCCAUAAUGACAUAUCUUUUCUUCAGCUGUGCCAAUAAUAAUUAACGGAAUAACAAGUUAUAAUCACGGUUGGCUCAAUGUUUUGUUGACUCGACUUUGACUAUCCGUAUGACAUGCACAUUAAUUCUGCAACUUCAUUCAUUGAU